GCAAUAUAUUCUUGUAUCACACUCAAACUCUCAAAGCCGUCCAAUAUGAUAUUAUUAUCCUUGAAACGAUAGAGGGUUUAUUGUCUACAACAAACAAAGGGCGUGUGUCAUGAAAGGUGCGACAGGUGCAGUAACACUUUCACUUUCCGGGUUUUUUAAUAGGAGGGGUACCCCCGGUGCAUAAGCAGGGGGGUUUUCGCUCGCUGACUCGACUUCCGUUUUUGGUGAGCCUUUCUCUCGAUAGAGUGCCGUGUGUACUACUACCGCCAUCGGCAAGGGUUCGCGCUGGAUUCGAUUUCCCCUCCGUCUCCGCUAGCCUCCGCGACCGGGCAAUUCCAAGGCUAAGAAAUAUCGACAUUGGGCGCAUGCAUUGUGUAGGUAUACUACUGCUAUUCAGCUAGAGCGCGCUAGCUGGUUUCGCGGUGCGUCAUCCUCAUCCCGAUCCCACUCGGGAAAUACAAGAGACGAAUGCUCAUUUGCUGGUCACCAUUUUCCGAUUUUGAAGGAUAUUUGGACAGUCAAGAUGAACAAGACUUGUGCGAGAUGCCUCAGGACCGUUUAUCCGGUGGAAGAGAUGAAAUGUUUGGAUAAGAGUUGGCACAAGGGAUGUUUUACCUGUGAAUCAUGUGGGAUGACCCUGAACAUGAAGAACUACAAGGGCUACGACAAGCUUCCAUACUGCCAUGCCCACUACCCUACAACGAAGUUUACCACUGUGGCAGAUACCCCUGAAAACAGAAGACUUGCAAAGAAUACAAAAACUCAGAGUCAGGUUGAGUAUCAGAAGCAGUUUGUACAAGAUAAGGGCUGCAAGAUAUCAGUGGCUGAUGACCCUGAGACAGUGAGAGCAAGAAGGAAUACCCAGAAUCAGAGUGCAGUCAUGUAUACAGGUCAGCUACAGCAGAGAGAACAGAGUGAACAACAUCGACCAGCUCCUGAAGCUGGCACAGUUCGCAAGGGGAACAUUCAUGUGAGGCAAAAUGACAUUGAAAGUGUGCCUGAUCCCGCCCAGUUGCCUGUCACCCACCAUUAUCAACCACCAACAUCGCCUGAUGAUUAUGAUCCUGUUCAUCAAUUUGAAUCAGUCACAGGAUUUAGCUUCACACGAUUAACGCAGAGGUCAUAUCAGACCAGAUUGGAAUGGACAUACUCUGGACCUCCAGCCAGCAAGCAGUCAGUUGGAUCCUUGUUUGAUCCCGGUCAAAAGCCACAGAUGCAGCAGCAACAAAUGCCGCCUUCCGCUGGCCAGCCCAAUAAAUACCGUGCUAUCUACGACUACCUGGCUGCGGACCAAGAUGAGGUCUCGUUCAAAGAGGGUGACCUUGUCGUCAAUUGGCAACACAUCGACGAGGGAUGGAUGACAGGAACGAUCGAGAGAACUGGCCAGAAGGGCAUGCUCCCAUCCAACUAUGUACAGCCUGUAUAGAGUAGUUUUACCAUGUGCCCAUCUUAUACUUCACAAUGUUCAUUUACGUUGGAAAUUUUCUGUUUGAUUUUUUCAUCAUAAAUACAAAUGUUAGUGAGAAGAGAUAUAAACUAGCUGUAAAAUAACAAUUAGAAGAAAGCAUUUAGCAGUUAUAACAGAACAACUUUAUUCCUGGUUCAUAGCAUUGAUCAUUUAAACUCAGAACUUACCUGCAACUCAUUUUUAUACAGUCUUUGACUUGAUCGUAAAGAUAAGUCACUGCCUAAUUACAAUAAGUAAUAUACUCAGCACAUAAUUAUGGCAUAUUCUUUUACAGGAACAUUUCAUGCCUUUACUACCAAAACAGUAUUCAUUUCACAUACAUGUAGUAUGUAUCUGUACUCACUGUGUAUUGAAACAGAAACCUGGUGCAUUUAUGUGUUGUAAGAUAAAGUAGGUUGGAGUUGUGAGUUAUGGGUUAUUGAGAACGGAAAGUUCCGUAGUCCAGUUUUGGUAUUGGACUCCAUAAAUCUUUUUUAAGAAGACUCGUCAUGCACAAUGAAGCAUAUUAGCUAGAGCAAGCUUCUUAUGGAUGGUUAUUUAUAGAAACAUCUAAUCAUUUCAUUCAAUAUGCAAAAUAUUUGGAACUGCUUGCUUCUUUGAAUGUAAGCUCUUUUGUUGAAAAACAAGCGAAAACACAAAUUUCUUGCCAUUGUAGUUGUAAUUAUUCACAAGUAAUAAAGUUCAUCGCAUUUGCAUUGGACCUAUGCAGCCAUUGUAUUCUGACUUAUUUUUGUACAUAUAUAAUAUAGAGUUAGAUACAUAUUCCUAUAGUAUUCAAUAUUCAUACAGCAUUAUUUAAUUAAGAACAUGCAAAGAACAAAUUCAGUCAUUUUUUAACAGGGUGCUUGUUGUCUAGAUAGAAUUUCUUACUUAAUGAAGAGGGAGUAUGAAAAGCAACAAAUAAAAAAGAAUAUUGGUAAUGUCUGUGGAUGGAUUGGCUUUACAUCUCUUUCUCUUUUAAAUUGAUAGUUAAUAGCUCCACAGGAAAGAAGUUACCAUUGUUUUAUUUUGUUUCACUCAAAUUUUCAAUUUCAAGAGUAGUUAGGCUCCUUUUCAAAUUGUGUAAACUAUCGGGCAGUGUGUCCUAUGUAAUUUGAAAUCACAUUCUCUAUGAGAAUUGGCUUGUCAUAAAAGCUAUAUCACUUGUUUCUCUUCUUUGGUUUCUGUCUAUUCUGAAAAAUAUCUUCCUCAUUUGUUAGUACUACCAUUCUUCCUUCAAACUCCAGCAUGCUUUACUUCCAUAAACGAGUGGCUAUCAUGCAUGCAUAUUGUGAUUUCUUUUCUCUGAUUCAUGUGUAGAUGUUCAUACUUUAUUUUGUUGGUUAUUGUCUCUCUUGCUUCCAUAUGUACAUAGAUAUUUAGGUUAGAUAGUAUUGCUUGUAUGUAUUUAACGACAAGGUGAUACAAUGCUUCAAAUCUCACAAUGAAUUUAAAAUAACAUAUCAUUUAUUUUGUGAUCAAUGCUAUUGAAGAUUAGGUGUACUUUGUAAAUAUAGAUCAACCCAAAAUUGAUCCAAUCCCAGUUUUUAACAAAAAACAAGAGGAUUUGGGAAGUCAAUACAAUAGUGCAGAUCUCCCCCCCCCCUCCCAUUCUUCUUUCCACAGAUUUCUUUAGUGCAAAUGUAGAUUGUUAUGUCACAAGAGAAUCUCACAAGGAAAUGUACAAUGAUAUCCAACAUUGUUAAGAAUUAACAUUAAAAUUUCAGAAACAGAGUAGAGAAGGCACUGCUAGUCACUAAUUUUGAGUAGAAUCUAAUUUAAGAUCAAGGUGACCUAUGCAUACAAUUCACUGUGUAUCAUGUGCCAAGGUGAGAAUGCUGCAUUGUGAGGAAUCGAGAAAUAAUACUGCCAAUUACCUUAGUAAAACCACAUAAUAUAGUGUUUCAUAAGUGAACUCAAUUUGAAAUCGAGUCAGAAUAGAAGGAAAAGAAUAGUGUAGUACUAACAUUAUUACUUAACAUCUGAAGCUUUUAAACCAUUGAAUGGAGAGAGCUAGUAUCAUAUGACAUUGAGUUUAAGAUAUAUUUCAUUUUAUGUACCUAUGUAUUAUUUACUCUUCGUAUCCCAUAAUCAAAACUAUGGAAUGAGUACAAAUUGUAUAAUUUGAGACAACAGCUAAAUCAUGAUUUUAGAGAAAGUAUACAUUAAAUUACAUUUUUACCCAACUGUAA